AUGUCUGAGAAAGGGGGUAAAGUCACCUUCAAGAUCACCCUAGCCUCAGAUAGCAGGCAGCCGUUUAAAGUCCUCUGCGUGCCCGACGCUACGCCCUUCUCUGCUGUCAUCAAAUUCGCAGCAGAAGAGUUCAAGGUCAGCGCCGCCACUUGUGCGUGCAUAACGAACGACGGGGUCGGCAUCAACCCCCAACAAACUGCAGGCAUCAUCUUCUUGAAGCACGGAGGAGAGUUGCGGCUCAUUCCCAGAGACCGCGUGGGAGCCACGCUCUAA